AUGUCUGCUGAAGCUUCUUCCCCGGUGCUGGUGCAGAUUCUCUCGCAGCCAUGGGCAAUCUUUGGGAUCGUAAUCACCUUGGCUGUUAUCAAACAUGUCUACGACAGCAGGAAGUCACCGGACGUCCCGGGGAUCGGCUAUGGCUCUUUCCCAAUGCUUCGUCAAUGGAGAGGUGCAAUCAGUUUUAUGCUGGACCCAGCCAAGCACAUGAUUGAAGGCUGCAACAAAUACGGCAAAUCAUAUUUCAAGGUGUCAACUCUCCAGGAUGAGUACCUCGUAGUUUCACAGAAGGAAAAAAUACAAGAGUACCUCGCAGCGUCCGACGAUGUGCUAAACGCCCAGGAUUCUUUUAAUGAUGCAUUUCAGAUUCCGUGGACAAUGGGUUGGGGUGUCGCACAUCGAGCAUAUCAUGUCCCCCUAGUUCGCGUUAAUCUAACACAGAAUAUUUCUCGCAAUGUUCCGGGCAUGAUGCAACAAGUCGAAGAAGGGCUUCAGCAAGGUUUUGGCGAUCCAGAAGACUGGGUUGAGGUCCCCCUAUAUGACACCAUUGCCAAAAUUGUCGCAAAAGUCAGCAAUCGAGCUUUUAGUGGGAUGCAAUUAUGCCAAAACGAAGAGCACUUGCAGAAUGUAAUGGAUUAUGCCCAAGCUGUUGUCCUAUCAGCAGAGCUCAUCAGGCCAUUUCCCAACUGGUUGAAGCCGUUUCUGGUCAAGUUCACGCCUAUCGGGUCCCGCAAGAGGCGCGCAAUGCAGAUCAUGGGACCCAUUGUCCAGGAGCGUUUAACUAAGGAUUACAAAGAAGGCGAGAAGCCGGAUGACAUGAUCCAAUGGCUCGUAGAUGCCGCGCCUCCGGUCGAGCGGACCGUUCCGCAGAUCGUCGAGCGUAUCAUGGCCUUGAAUGUUGCGUCCAUUCACACUACAACUAUGACUCUGACAUCAGCCUUAUACACUCUCGGGGCAGAAUGGGAAAAGUACACUCAGCCACUACGAGAUGAGGUACGGCAAUACUGCGAAGACAACGAAAUCACAAAGCAAACGCUCGGAAAAUUGGUCAAGAUGGACAGCUUCCUUCGCGAAAGCGGACGUUACAACAAUACGGGACUAACGAACCUCAUUCGCAAUGCCCGCAAAGAGUUCCGCUUCAAAGAUGGAACUAUCGUACCUCCUGGUGCCAUUAUCACAGCGCCGCCCCUUCAUCUGCAUCGCAGCGAAGAGUUCUACACUAAUCCUCAAGUUUUUGACGGCUUCCGAUUUAGCCGCUUAAAGGAGGAAUCACAAGGACCAACGAAGCACCAAAUGGUCAGCACAGACAUUGAAUAUCUCCUUUUUGGCCACGGAAAGCAUGCUUGUCCGGGACGCUUUUUCGCAGUCAAUGAGAUGAAGUUGAUUUUUGCGAAGUUACUUCAACAGUAUGAUUUAAAGCUCAUCCCUGGGACAGCACCCAAAGCUAUGUUUAUAGGUACCAUGGCGGUCCCAGAAACUAAAUUAAACGUAUUACUGCGUAAGUGUUACAAGUAA